UGUGCAGCGGUGUGGAUGUGAAGCUCUUUCUGCAGGAGACCUGAGCCAUGCCAAACAGAGACGGCUACAGGUCACACUCUCUCAAUGCUUCAGGGGGAUUCUGUCUGCAACAGCAAGAUGAUCUGUGCAUGAAGUGACACUCAUCUUUUACGAUCCUUUCGGAAUCAUUGCAUGUUGUGUCAAACCAGCUACAUCAUCAAACUGUGUGAGCAUAAGAUACUAAGUUCCAACCUAAAAACAAGCUCAACAUGACUAUUACCAUUCAAAACAUCACAGCCACCUCUGCCAUCGUCAGCUGGCCGUCAUCCCCAGGCUGCGUGGACACAUUCUACAGCGUCAUGUAUCACCCUAACUGGAACAGCCUGCUGAUGGGUUACACACGCAAGAGCUUCCUGCAGGAGGACAGAGUUCCUGUGAGCCAGACAUCCACCAGUCUGGGCCGCCUCAGUCCACAGACCACUUACAUCCUCUGUGUCACCUGCCAGUCCGCCAAUCCCACCAGAGAGCAGUGCCAGGUCUUCAGUACUCUAAACGAGGGCACUGAACUUGGUGAGAGUGGCCGGGAUCUGGCAAUGGGAGUCUGGCUGGCCAGCAGCAUCCUGUUGCUGAUCAUUGCUUUGGCUCUGCUUUGGGGAUGUCUCCACACCAUGUGUCCGGCAAAAAGGGACCCAGAAAGAGGCAGCCAGUCAGGUCCGAACCCUCCACACCUGGCUCUGACCCCCAUGGUUGGGAACAUGGGCAGCGAAGGAACAAAAAGUCUGUACAUGCCCGGUUGUGGUGGGGUAGACUCUCCGAACGCAACGGUGAUUGAGAAUGUUUAUAGAGACGAGCAUGGCAGAGAAAUGGCAAAGGGGCAGAGUUGUGAACUACAAACACUCAGUAAUAAACAUAGAUAUGCCCCCGGGUCAGAAUAACGGACACACCAGAUUGUUACCUUGAUGCACGGACCUCGAAAACUCAAACUAUUGGAACUUACACAACAAGGACAUUCACAGGGAUGAAACCAUUUUGAGGAAAUUAGACUUAAGACUUUUGAGCUGGGCUUAUGGGGUUAAAUUAGCAUUAAAAUGUCAGAUGAAAACAUUAACUUCUUAAAGGAAACUGAAGGAGGGCUUAUAAUACAAUUGUACAAACUGACGUGUUAUGUAUUUUUUUGUUUGUAUUUGUUAGCAUGAAUUAAUGAAUUUGGUAUCAAAAUUAAUCUAGGUUUACAUUAUUUAAAACAUUUUUAUUCAUUUAUAAAAAAUACCCACCCCCACACUAUGGUGUCCGUAGUCUGUAUAGUGUCCGUUUAAAGUGAAAUACCGCUGCCAUAUUGGUUUUGCAAGAAAAAGAGCCACCAAAUCUUUAAACUGCUUAGUGCACCUUUACCUUUAAAGGAUAUUUAAGUGUUUAUUUGAAUGUCUUUGUGAGUUGAUAGUCUGUCUGUUUUGUGUUAGCUACAUUAGAUCCUACUAUGCUUGAAAUGUACCUUGCCUAACUAUCUAAUCUUGCUUAAUAAAAACCAUUUCCAUUUAUGGUACAGUUUGUAAGAGGCGUGUUGUAUCUCAAGUGAAUGCUGGAGAUGUAAUAGAUGUUGGUGAGAUUUAAACUCAUGCAAACCCACCUUUGAG